UUCUGCAAGGACUCAGACAGAAGCAACAGAGGACUUGAGGGAAGCCAGCCGGGGAGGGGCCCUUUGUCAGGAAGGAAUAUUAAUACUAUCUUCACUGCCGGCUCUGGAAUAAAUAACGCUGUUUUGUUUUUCGUGCAACAGCACAGCCCGGGUCGGCUAGGACCGGGACUUCCAGUUGUUUUUUUUAUCGGGAAAACAAAGGGGGUGGAUGUUUUUUGUGGCUCCCUGUACUGUUUUUCUUUCCUCCCGCGGCCGCACUGAUUUCCACUGACCAGUUGUCUUUGAGAACCGGGUCCGGUGCCUGUCCCCUCCUCCUCCCCUCUCCUGUCUUUCUCCCCCGUUCACUCCUACUUUACCCUCCUUCCGUUUGCCUUGUAUCCGAUCCCGCAACGCUGCGAAGUCGCAAAGAUGCCCAGCUCGCUCUUCGCCGACAGCAGCGUCCAGGGAGAUGCACUGGACGACCAGCGAGCCCUGCAGAUCGCCCUGGACCAGCUCUCCUUGCUCGGCUUGGACAACGACGAAAACUCCCUGUACGACAACCAGGAGCCCCGGAAAAAGAGCGUCAACAUGACCGAAUGCGUACCGGUUCCCAGCUCCGAGCAUGUGGCUGAGAUUGUGGGCAGACAGGGUUGCAAGAUCAAAGCGCUGCGAGCGAAGACCAACACCUACAUCAAGACGCCGGUUCGAGGCGAGGAGCCGGUGUUUGUGGUGACGGGCCGGAGGGAGGACGUGGCCAUGGCCAGGAGGGAGAUCAUCUCUGCCGCCGAGCACUUCUCUAUGAUCCGGGCCUCCAGGAACAAAAACACCAGCCUGAAUGGGAGCGGCACCCCGGUCCCUGGACCCCCGAACCUGCCAGGACAGACCACCAUCCAGGUGCGGGUGCCAUACCGCGUGGUGGGGCUGGUUGUAGGCCCCAAGGGCGCCACCAUCAAGCGCAUCCAGCAGCAGACUCACACUUACAUUGUGACGCCCAGCCGAGACAAGGAGCCGGUGUUUGAGGUGACAGGGAUGCCGGAGAACGUGGACCGGGCGCGCGAAGAGAUCGAGGCCCACAUUGCCAUGAGGACGGGGGGCCUCAUCGAGCUUCAGGACGAGAACGACUUCCAUGCCAACGGGACGGACGUGGGUUUAGAUCUGCACGGCCACGCCAUCCUGUGGUCCAAGCCCAGCGCCGGGGUGACCCCCAGCUCGGCGCGCAAGCCCUUCUCCAACUACCGCAACGACUCAUCCUCGUCCCUGGGCAGCGCCUCCACAGACUCCUACUUUGGCAACAACGGCUCGCGCAUGGCCGAUUACAGCCCCCCCAGCCCGGCGCUAAGCUACACCGCCUCCAACAACAACAACAACGGCAACAACAAUAACAACAACAUCAACGGCAACGGCUUUGUGUACGGGAGCGAGACCAUCUCGCCCGACUGCACUGAUCUGACUUUUGACUCCUCGCCGGGGUUUGACCCCACAGUGCCACCGCCACCGCCAGGCCUCCUGUGGUCCCAGUACGACAGUCGCAUGACCCCCUCCUCUACCGGAGGCAGCUCCCCCACCCCCAGCUCCACCUCAGCCAUAUUCCCCACCAACGCCAACGGGAUAGCGGCGAGUCAGAGGCGGGCUAACGGUUGCACCCCACAGCCCAGGCUGUCCCCCACGCUCCACGGCCACAGCGCCGGUCACGGCGAGCACCCGUUGACCCGGAGGGUGUGCAGCGACCCGGGCGGAGGCCCGCUCAGUUUCCCCGGAUACUCCUCCCUACCGGGGCCCCACCUCCCUGGGGUUCCAUGCGACUCCUCGGCCUCGUCGUCGUCCUCCUCCUCCUCCACCUCCUCCGGCACCAGCCGCAAGGGCAGCCGCGACUGCUCGGUGUGCUUCGAGAGCGAGGUAAUCGCUGCACUGGUCCCCUGCGGGCACAACCUCUUCUGCAUGGAGUGUGCCAACCGCAUCUGUGAGAGGAGCGAACCCAAAUGCCCCGUCUGCCACGCCGGCGUCACUCAGGCUAUACGUAUAUUUUCAUAAGAAGCGUGACUCUUUUGACUACGUCUCGUCACCGGCGAGACUCCUCGUACUGCUUUAAUGGGAUCAGCCAAUCGUCCGUUUUUGGGAAAAGUGUACAUAGGUAUAUAUGCAUAUGUAUGUCAGAGGCUGCAGUAUCCAGAAGAAGGGACAGACACACCCCCCUUUUUGUAGUUGUUAAUAAUAUACUGUAGCGUGGGGAAAUAUUUUCAACAUCUUAAGUGCAUGUUUUAAAUAUUACAGCAUAGUAAUCAGUAGUUCUAGUACAUUGUAACCUAUAUUUAUGAAGUGGAGGGACACAGUUGGGUCAGGACGGAGGUACUUGAGUCAAACCGUUGACUGUUAGCCGGCGGAGCCCUCCCAGUUUUGCAGAUUGAAUGUAGUGAGGGGGGGGCAUGACUGGGGAACACGGAGGGCUCCAGCCCUGACAGGAUGGCGGACUUCCAGAGAUACUGCAGCUUGAGGUCAGACACCGUGUGACGGGGAACAUAUCCUACAUGUAUAGAAUCAAUUUCCACACGUUGGACUGUUUUAAAUGACAUUAAUACAGAUCGAAGUAUUUUAUUCUUUUUUGACUUGAAAGAUUAUAUUUCUUAUCGCCAAGAUGUUUACAGAUAUUUUAAUUUAAGUUCAGUGAACUUUUUGUAGCUGGGUUGAAAUCUUGUUUAUUUUUUAAGUAUGGCCUUAUGGCAUUGAUCACUGUAUUAUUUUAAUAUCACACGACUGUGGGGUGGGAAAUCCGAGUCCACAAAAUUGUGUAUUGCAUUUGACAGUAUUCUGUUGGGAUGGAGUUUUUUUUAUAGGUUCAGCAAAAAAACAAAACAAGAACGUCUUUUAAAAUCUGCUUCACCCAGCAUAUUUUUUAUUCAGUAAUAUAAAGCAUAUUUUAUUCUAUAUUAUUAUGAAACAUUGAAAUGUACAAAACUUAGUAAGUUCAACACAAAAAAAACGUUUAUGCUUUCUAAAAAUUUGUAUGAAUUAGAUUCCAGUGGGAAUUACAGGCUUCUGUUGCACCACUAUAGUUUUAGUAUUUCUAUUUUAAUACAUUUGUUUACCACUUGUUUAUGUAUAUGUAGGUGAAGUUACUUGAGCGUAAAUGUACUUUAUUGAGCAAAGUUUAAGAACAAAGUAUAUUUUAUUUUAUGAUAAAGGGCCUUUAACCUCAUGGUCAAAUACUAAUAUUAUAUUUGCUGAGACAAGAUUUGAAAAAUGUAUUAAGAGUUUUAUUUUUCUGACAUUUGAAGUUAUACAUGAGAAAAAGUAAGUAAUGGUGCUACUUCAUGUUUUUUUUAAGUAUUUCUAUAUAAGUCCAAUAAAAACUGGUACAUUGAAUAGG